UUUGUGAAACCGAGUACUUUAUUUGUAGUUUUUAUAAAAUAUUUUAUUUUAUUAAUAACAUCUGCUAUUAUGAAGAAUGGAUGAUUUGAUCAAGAAUGCGCCCUCGUAUCAGUUGGAUCAGGAUAUAUUAGACGCCCGUGGGAUCAAUAUGACAGUAGAGGAGGUGGCCGGCCUGCCAACGGGCAAAUACUCACAGCGGGUUCAGUCACUGAAUCUCAGCCAAAAUGACCUUGUCUUCCUCAAAUGCUUGAGAAGAAGAAUCAAGAAUCGGGUUGCUUCCCAGAACAGCAGACGGCGCAGCGUGGAGCACCUGCGGCGACUGGCGCGUGAGCUGCGGGCGGUGCGCGCGUGCCGCCGCGACGCGCUGUGCGAGCGCCGCGCGCUGCUCGCCACCGACGCCGAGCUGCGCGGACGCUGUCAGAUGCUGCGCGACCAUAUUGUGCAGGUCCUCAAAGACAGGGCUGACCCGACUCCAGUGCCAGAUGUGAACGUAGAAAGGAUAGAAUCUCAAACAAACAAAAAGUGCGAACCGCCAGUCACGGAGACAGUUUCAAAGCAGAAAGAGAAUUUGUUCGAGUGUAGAAUAGAGAAGUUAGUGCAGCAGAGCGUCAACCACAUAUACAAAGAAAAAGAAAAGAAAAUUGUCUCCGCUAAAACAGUGUUCCUAGACACGAAAACGAUAGACGUACCUAAGGAUAUAGAUAUUAAAAUUGAAUAUGGUUCGAGUUUAGAGUGUCCACUUGAUAGUAAGACGCAAACCUUGAAUGAGAAAAUAAAUGGGAAGCCGGAUAUAAAAGUGGAGUAUGAUACUGACUCGUCGGACUAUCACAAGUUGGACUAUGACAAGACGAAGGUUCAAUCGGACUGUCCGGUGAGUUUGGGGGGAUUUGAGCAGAAUGGAGUGUUGAAUCUCUGUGUGAAGGAGAGGAGGCGAAGCCAUGGCCGGAAGCAGUUGGCACCGAAGAGGAUCACAUACGUGUUCAUGGAUAAUGAUGAUGGGGUCAUCGAUUUCUCGAUCAAGAAGGAACCUGAGUGACACAGACCGAGACAACGCACACAAAGACCAAAAAUAUAUGAAACAUUAAACAGAUAAA